GAUGUGGCCAAUGAGUUAAUCUCUAAUGUCUUAUUAGAAUGAAAGCUUUAAAUAAUUGAGCACUUAUUUAUUUCAUUGCCAACAUUGCCGCAGCGCUUUGUAACUCAGCGAACAAAGAUUUGGACUAGACCCAGUACGUCAGACCCGUUUUAAAGUUACCCGGUGCGGCCACACACACCCAGUGAACCCCUUGUAAUAUUUGUUACUUAUAACCGUAGACUAUAUAAAUAUAGACUAGUCUAUGCUUAUAACUUAUAAGACAAGUAGAUAUCAAUUUAAACACUAGGUGGCGCUUUACCGUUGGGGAAAUUUUGUUUAAUCAAAAUAGAAAAUCGGAAAUUCCUUGAAUGUCCGUGUUUCUAUAAAUAAUAUUCACGAAAUUGUCAUUACAAACACAGAGAUCUUAUUAAUUUACGAGCUGGGAGUCUUGUGGCCAGAAUAACGACACGUACCCAUUGGAUUUUAUGGGAUUGAAAAUACCAGUCUUCAUUGAGAUUUGAACCCAGGACCCACGGUUCUGAAGCCAAGCACUUAACCGCUUUUGAUUUACAAGUUGAGCAUCACUUGUCAAUGAUGUCCUGCAAGAAAAAAAUUCAAACUGAUAGAAAAGUAUCGACUGACCUAGCAGACUUAUCAAGUCUUGGGGAUGAGAAUCAAGAAACAAAAAGUACAGACCUUAGUUUUCAUCAAGACACAUGUGGACUUAAUGUUUGUCUAAAGGAUCAGACUGACCUAGCAGACUUUUCCAGUCUUGGGGAUGAGAAUCAAGAUACAGAUCCUCAUCAUUUCGCCAGUGACCAGUCCAAAGUCCAGUCAAAUGAGGUUAAAGGUCCACUAAUUGGUGAUCAUGAAACUCAGGAGUCAGAAGGUGGAGAAGCUGAUCUACACCAAUAUCUUGUGGGCUGUAAGAAGAAUCCAGGUCAUAGCCAGUUUAUACCUGUUGAUACAUUUACCUUGAAACAUUUACCUGAAGGUUAUCAAGACAGUGAUUUGUAUGAACUCAUCAAACUUACAGCUGACCUCACAGUUAGAGUAAGUGUGAAAAUGACAAGUCCACACAGACCAAAGUUUUGGCCAGAGACAACUCAACCAUAUCCAUUUUCUAACAUGAGUGAGAUAAGAAACUUGAGGACAGGAAGUGGAAGUGUGUGGGAUGUAAACAAGUUUCAAGAUGGAGUCUGGCAAGAUGGAGGUUAUGGACGUAUUGCUUACACCAAGUGUUGGUGUAGAAAAUGUGAAGGUUCAAACUCACCCAGCAAUGUGUGGUGGGAGUUUGAUGUGUUCACAGCCACACAUGUGGUUUUUGAUGACAUUGAGGCCAACCACACAACCUUGAGAUUGUUUUAUGAUAGAGAGGACAGCCAAGUGGUCAUUGUUGAUAAGAUCAGUGUUAGAAAUGUAUACAUUGAGCAUGACAGGUGUUGGUUGAACUGUGUGACAUGUGAUAAAACUUUAGGAAAUAAACUGAUGGAAAUGUUGAAACAUUUUGAAAAUGUCUCUGAGAAAGUCUGGGACAAAUACUCUGCCUCUAGAUCUCCACACAAGUUGACCUUUAUAGUGUCACAUCCUCAUGGAUGUUCUAAACAGGUCAGUGUUGGUCAAUGGAAGGACAGACUAGAGGUGGGUACAUGUAGCUCUAAGUUUACUUAUACAACUUGUACAUGUCCAGGAAGUAGUGGAGCACAUGUCCACUGUGUGGGGUAUUAUGACUUGACUUGGUUUGAUCUUAUCCACAGUGGAAGUGUCAAGUCUGGAUUAAAUUACAGUGGAGUUGGUCGUGCCUGGUGAGUUGAUUCCCUUGUGAGGUUUCCAGCUCCACCAUGAAGAUGUCUUUGAGAACCCUUGACAUUCUGAACCUCAAACUCAAAUGUCUCUUUAGUCUUGAGUUAUUUAAAUAAAUUGUGGAUGUUAUCUUUAAA